AUGGUGGACACGACAUCAGCAUCCUUGAAGAGCCUGCUGCUGGGAUUGAUCUGUGGAGGGAAAAUGCCCCAAAGAAAAGGCUUGGAGAAUCACACUGCUGGACCUGCAUUCAUUCUCCUGGGAUUUUCUGACCACUCCAGCCUGAGGGGCCUGCACUUCACAGUCUUCCUGCUCAUCUACCUGGUGGUCCUCACAGGGAACAGCCUGAUUGCACUCAUCACAGUGGUGGACUCAAGCUUCCACAGCCCCAUGUAUUUCUUCCUGAGGAACUUGUCCUUCCUGGAGAUCUGCUGCACAUCAGUCACUCCAAAAAUGCUGGUGGGUCUCCUGAUGGGAGAUGGCAGGAUCUCCUUCCUUGGCUGUGCUGCCCAGCUCUACUUCCUGGUUUUGCUGGGUGGUACCGAAUGCCUUCUGCUGGCUGCCAUGGCCUAUGGCCCCUACACAGCCAUCUGUGACCCUCUGCACUACAGCCUCAUCGUGAGCAGGGGGCUCUGUGUCACACUGCUGGUGAGAUCAGGGAUGGUUGUUGUAGCAGUGCAAGUACUUCAGGCCAACCAGGUGUUCACUUUGCCCUUCUGUUCUUUGGACCUUCAUCACUUCUUCUGUGAUGUUCCUCCUCUGAUGGAACUGGCCUGUGCAGAUAUGUUCUGGAACCAAGUGACUCUGUACACCAUCGUCCUAGUUUUUGUAGUCCUUCCCUUUUCUUUGAUAGUUCUUUCUUACACUAAAAUUAUCAGGGCAGUUCUGAAAAUGCCUUCAGUUGUUGGCAGACACAAAGCCUUUUCCACCUGCUCCUCACACCUUGGAGUGGUCACUGUCUUCUAUGGCUCAGCCGCAGUGUUCUACUUCAAGCGAGGUUCAAGGGACUCUGUAGACACUGACAAACACCUUGCCCUGUUUUACACAAUUGUGACCCCUGUGUUUAACCCUGUCACCUAUAGCCUGAGGAACAAGGAGGUGAGAAUUGCCUUGAAGAAACUCCUAUGGACAAAGUGA